AUGGCAUACAAAGAAAAACCCCUUUAUUUCCAAGUGCUAAAGUGGAUGCAGUUCACAUUCACGUUUUUAGUGUUUAUCUUAGAAAUGACCGAGUUUGGUGCCUGCUUGAAUUACAUCGGUAAAAUGGAUGAAUAUGAAAAUCCUCCGGCUCCGAAUCCGUUCUUGAUUUUUGAUUCAGGAAGUCGAUGGGCAAAAAGAUAUGUGUACCUGGUAUUCUCCAUCAGUAUUUUCAGCGUUUCUUUCUAUCUUGCAAAGUUUCAAGGCGCAUGGACAGAGAAAAAUGGUCCUUACUUUUUGUUUGAAUUGUACGUACCUUGCAUUAUUCUUCGUAUAUCGAUUUUACUUGAUGCUAAUUUUUCGCACCGUUUAACCAUUAGAUCACUGUUGAUAUUAUGGAUUUCUGAAUCUUUCACAAACCUCUACGAUAUCUUCAACAAUGCUCCAUCAAACUAUACCUCUUAUCUUAACCAAAGAUCCACCACAGUCCCCCAACUCCCACAAGAACCUUUGACCGCGUACGCCACCUAUAUCGCCUCAAUCACCUUCGGUUUUCUGAAUUCACUCGCCUUUAUGAUGUCCACCUUUAUCGCCUACAAAGUGAAAAAGGAAAAGUGUUUGCCAAAAGUUCGUAAUGUACGAAAGGUCAAAUUGAUUAAAUUUGCGCAAAAGAGCGGGACAAAAGAUGUUACCUUCGUUCGGACAGAAUCACAUUCGAGUGUUAAUGAGAAGAUUGUAGGAUUUAAAGGUUUUGUGGAAGUUAAGAUAGACGAUGGGAUGGGCAAUGAGAAAAAGGAUGAGAUAAGCGACGACGAUGCGACGUUGUACGAUGCCUAUGGAAACGGAAGUAAAGAUAGAGUUUGA